GUUAACAGCCAUACGGAGAAACUAUCUGCAUAUGUGGAUGAGUUUCCAAGACCCUUGGCACAUGCACUACCUUCUCACAUCAGAGAUACUACAGAUUUCAUCAUACGACUGAAAAACUUGGGUAGAGAUCCUGAGAACAGUAUUCUCGCGACAUUAGACGUUUCCAGUUUAUACACUAAUAUAGACACAGUCGAUGGACUUGCUACAAUUGAGGAGGAACUGGCAAAAACUGGCCAGAUCCAACCUUCCGGAAAAAAACCUUGCUUGCCUCCUCGGAAAAGUCCUCAAACUGAACAAUUUCACAUUUGACAACCACAAUUUCAUCCAGGUUAAGGGUACAGCAAUGGGCACUAGGGCUGCACCUAAUUUUGCGAACGUGUAUAUGGGCUGGUUUGAAGAUAAAUUUGUAUACCGAACGGAAUGGUCCCACUACAUAAUUGACUGCGUAAGGUUCAUCGACGACAUUUUUCUCAUCUGGAAAGGAGACGAAAGUUCUCUCACUACCUUUAUAAAGUGUCUCAACGUGUUGUACCAUCCAUUACAUUCACCCAUGAAAUAUCUUACAAGUCCGUGAAUUUCUUGGAUACAAAAGUGAUAAAAGAUGUACAACGUAACAUCAGCACAGACAUUUUUCAGAAACCAACGGAUACCCACCCAUACCUACAUUGGACUUCGGCGCACCCACCGCAUUUAAAGCAAAGUAUACCAUACAGCCAAGCCUUAAGACUUAGGAGGAUAUGCUCAUCAACGCGCUUACUAGAGCAAAGAAUAUUGGAAUAUUCCAAUUUUUUCGUAGCGUGUGGGUAUAAAAGAGAUAGGCCGCUAUCUGAAAUGCGCAAAGUUCUUUCACUGACACAAGACGAGAGUUUGCGGGAGAGAGAGAGGCGCACCACCAACCGCAUACCCUUGGUAACCACAUACAAUCCACGUACCUCAUAUAUUGCUGAAGUGGCGAACAGGAAUUGCCACUUCCUCCAAUCAAAGGAAAGACUGGCUCACAUAUUUUGA